AGCUAGCAGAUAACAGGGCCUGUGAGAUCGCCACACGCGCGUUUUAGGUCCCUAACCAGCUCACAUUUCUGUGUGGCACACCCUGGGCUAGGUGACCGCGUGUUACGGCUCGCGAGAAAUUCAGGCACACCUGCAGUCUACGGAGAGGCAGACCCCAGCCUUGUUUGAGCAUCAGGAUCACCCGGGGAGCUUUCUCUAUGCCCAAGACCCACCUCAGGCCAGUUAACUCGGUGUCUCCAGGCACGGGGAGUGGAGAGCCAGACGCUUCCAAAACAUCUUUCCUCUGAGAUGUUGGCUUCCGUGGGUCACUUUGACGACUCUGUCUCUCCCACAAGCGAAUUUUAGAACUCCCCCACCCCCACCCCCGGCGCCAGACUCCCUCCAGCCCAAGUAGCCGCUCUGUGACGCCGCAGCGCGUCACAGCCCCGCACUCGCACGCGCCCCAGCGCCAGGAGCCGGAGCGGCGAGAUCUCUCUCUCCGAAGCAGGCGGAGGGGCGCGCUCCAAGCAGGAUGGGCGAUUGGAAGGGCUACAUCAGUGCGGUGCUGCGGGACCAGCGCAUCGACGACGUGGCCAUCGUGGGCCACUCGGACAACCGCUGCGUGUGGGCGUCGCGGCCCGGGGGCCUGCUGGCGGCCAUCUCCCCGCAGGAGGUGGGCGUGCUCACCGGGCCCGACCGACAGACCUUCCUGCAGGCGGGCCUGAGCGUGGCCGGCCGCCGCUGCUGCGUCAUCCGCGACCACCUGCUGGCCGAGGGAGAUGGCGUACUGGACGCGCGCACCAAGGGGCUGGAUGGGCGCGCCGUCUGCGUGGGCCACACGCCGCGCGCACUGCUGGUGCUCAUGGGCCGGCGCGGCGUGCAUGGCGGCCUCCUCAACAAGACCGUGCACGAGCUGAUCCGCGGGUUGCGCACCCAGGGCGCCUAGCC